CUUACAGUUAGUACUAUCAUCAGUCAAAAACAAAACAGAAAAUUAUUAAUAUUGUUCAAUUCUAUUUCAGUUCCAUCUAUCCGAAACUACAAUAUUCAAUUAAAGUCUAUUUAAAAAAAUAGUGUCUUCUAGAAAAACUAUGUACUACUGAAAACACCAAUAUAAUAUUAAAUUAUGUUUGUACGGAAUGUUUGGUCUGCGGCAGAGUUAAGGUUUUGUUGCAAACCCAUGUUGCUGAAGAAGCCUAAUAAUAUUGGAUAUGCUCAGUUCCAACUAAGACAACCUUUUCAUAAUUCGCGGCGCGGUGCACGACGGCCAACUAUUGAACCAAACCCACUAGAAAUCCCACAAAUUGAAUCGGGUCCUUUAAAUGCUAGUUCAUUGGUAAAACCACUUCUUUUUACUGUAGGGGUAACAGGAGUAAGUUUAGCUGGCUGUGUUAUAUGGGAAUAUGAAAAUGUUAGAUCUCAUGCAAAAGCUUUUCUUAAAAGACCAAAUAGCUGGCUCAAUUCCCAUCAAAGGCGCAACCCUCAGAAAUCUGAGCCAGGUCCAAUUAGACAAUGGUGGGAUUCAUUAAGAACAAAUGAAAAAGUAUUUUAUCCUAUCCUUGCCGGUAAUUUAUUAGUUUUUGGAGCCUGGCGUGUGAGAGCUUUACAAACUUUUAUGAUCAGAUAUUUCUGCUCAAAUCCCUCUGGUAGUGCAGUGUGUCUUCCUAUGGUACUAUCAACAUUUAGUCAUUAUUCAGGAUUUCACUUAGCUGCCAAUAUGUAUGUCUUGUAUAGUUUCAUGCCAGCUGGCAUUGCAGCAUUGGGAAAAGAGCAAUUUGUAGCAAUGUAUAUGAGUGCUGGUGUAAUAAGCAGCUUUGCCAGUGUUCUGUACAAAGUUAUGGUAAAUCAGCCUGGUCUUAGUCUUGGUGCGUCAGGAGCAAUCAUGGCAGUGUUGUCUUAUGUAUGUGUGCAAUAUCCUGACACCAAACUGAGUAUAAUAUUUUUGCCAAUGUACACCUUUGCUGCUGGCACUGCAAUCAAAGUUAUUAUGAGUGUUGACUUAGCUGGAGUUGUCUUGGGAUGGAAAUUUUUUGACCAUGCAGCUCAUUUAGGUGGAGCAUUAUUUGGCAUGGCAUGGUGUUAUUGGGGCGGCCUACACGUCUGGGGUAAUCGAGAUAAGUUUCUACAAUAUUACCACAACUUUAGAAAGGAUUCUAGAUAGUAUUAAUUCAAACUGAACUGUUUACAAAACCACUAUUGUGACUUCAUGUUUCAAAUUAUUUUGAUAGAUUAUAUUUUAAAUGGCAUUGUUAUCAAUAAAACAUACUAACAGUUU